GGAAAUGGCCUGGCCUCCGUCAAAAAAAGUGCUUGUUUGUGCGGCCGAUUAUUAGAGAAUCUUUGUACGAAAUAGGGAAAAUGUUAACCGGAAGGCAAGUUUGUUAAUCUAUCGUGUUAAAAAUUUGCUUAUUACUUUGUUGUGUCUAUUUUAUAAUGGAGUGUUGUUAGUGGUGGCGAAAGUAAAAAGCCCUCGAGAGGAGAAAGAAGUCUGUCCGUGUGAAGCUGCUGUUUUCGCUGUUUGUGAUUCCUUUGGGCAUGAUUUGUGUUGCGAAUUUACUGUGUGUUACUAUCUCAAACGAAAGCAGUACGUUUGCUGGAAAGACGUGCGAAACUGUGCGAAAUUGUUCAACUGAUGCUGCUCACAUAAUUGAACUGCCCCGACCCGGAUGUUUCUCAGCCGCCAGAAGAAGGAACAUCAGAUUAUAGGGACUGAAUUCCGGCGGCACACGCGUCCUCGAAAGCAAUGGUUUCUUUGAUAAGCGUUUGCUAGUGGACGGUUAAAUGACAUCGACGAACAAAAACACUUCCUCAUCGCAGCAAUCGGCGACGGCGGCCGCGGCAGGCAUGGUUGCGAUAGGGAUCGACUUCGGUACGAGCUUCUCGAGCGUUGGCAUCUACCGGAAUGGCAAGUUUGAGAUCAUGGCCAACGAGGCCGGCAACCACCGCAUCCCGUCGGUGGUGGCGUUCACCGAAAAAACUCGCCUCAUCGGCGAAGAAGCCCUCGUACAGGCCGAUCUCGACCCAGCCAACUGCGUGCUCGAGGUGAAGCGAAUCCUCGGUAGACUGAAACGCGAGGGCGCUGGGCUGAAGGUGCAGUUCAAGGGGGAAACGAAAAGCUACCAGCCGGAGGAAAUCUGUGGCAUCAUACUGGCCCACCUGCGCUCGAUGGCCGAAAGGCAGUUGGGGGAGAAGGUAACCUCAGCGGUCAUUGCCGUGCCGGCCCAGUUCUCCGACGGUCAGCGGCAAGCGAUUUUGGAUGCGGCAACCAUUGCCGGGUUGACGGUGCUUCGGCUGAUCAACGAACCAACUGCAGCGGCCAUUUCGUUUGGCUUGAACAAAAAGCUCAUCGGCGAACAGUAUGUGCUGGUGUGCUCGUUUGGAGGAGGAUUCCUUGACGUUUCGAUUGUGACGAUUUACAACGGCAUCUUUCAAGUGAAGGCCAGUUCCGGAGACACCCAGCUUGGAGGGGCCGACAUCGACACCCGGCUGGUGGAGCAUUUUGUCAAGGAGCUGCGAGAAACUCGGGGAAUCGACAUAAGCCACAAUGCGGUCGCGAUACGAAAGCUGCGGAAGGCGUGUGAGCAAGCAAAGCGUACACUGUCCUACACGAGUCAGGUGACGCUGGAGAUCGAAAACCUCCACGAAGGACACAAGCUUUCGGCAACGGUCUCGAAGGAGCUAGUGGACGAGUUGUGCAAGGACCUUUUCGAGCGCAUCAUGCUCCACGUCGAGAUGGCGUUGAGGCGCGCCCGUAAGGAUCGGUUUGCUGUGCACGAGAUAAUGCUCGUUGGCGAAUCGUCUCGCAUUCCCCGGGUGCAGAUUAUGUUGAGCGAGUUCUUCGACCGGCGGUCGCUCAAUAGCGCGGUCAACUCGGACGAGGCGGUGGUUAUAGGCGCUGCCAUCGCUGCCGGCAUCCUAGCCGGGGACAAGUCGUGCUCGAUUCAGGAUAUGCUCUGGUGGGAUCUAGUUCCCCGCUCGAUCGGAAUGAUCGGUGAGGGUGAGGACGGCGACCAAGAGUCUCCUCGGAUACUGAUCAGUCGCAACUCGACGCUUCCACUCAAAGUGCGCCACCGGGUGCGGCACGUGCGCGAAGUCAAGCGGCUGUACGAAGGGGAAAGUGCCAUUGUUAGUGAUAAUAUUACCCUCGGUCGGCUGAAGCUGGAGGGCAAUUUUAGUGAAGACCUCGAGGACGUUGGGCUUUCGUUUAACGUUGACCUCAACGGUGUGCUGCACGUGAUGGUGGAGGGCAAUAUCGAGCUGAAGGCGACGCUGGACAAGGGUCGACUCGAGCGGUACGAAAUCGACCGGAUCGUGUACGAGCACAAGCGAUUGUUGCUCGAAAUGGAACGCGGCAUGGAGAAGGUGGAGGAGGAGGCAGAACGCAAGCUGAAAGAGGCAUCGUCUCCGACAGCGUCGCUCAUAGGAAACGACCGGGAGGAGGUCGGCCCCGAUGGGACGCUCGUUGGCACGUGGGAUCGGUUUGCAGAAUGGUUGCACUGCAUCUGCGUCGUCACGUUCGACCUCGAGCUGGGACAGGCGAUGGAGCUCAUCUAUCCGCAGCACGUGACGCUGGCCGAGCAGGAGAAGAUGAACAUCUGCUACCUGGCCUUUCCGGACUCGAAUUCGGGCUGCAUGGGUGACUCGCAGUUCCACAUCCGGUUGCGCGUUUCUUCCGGAUCGGAAAACUCGACGCUCCCGAAAGGUCUGCAGGAAUUCAACGGCAACUGCAUGCCGGUGCAUCGUGCCGAUCCGGGCCACUUCUGGGGAUUCGUGUACUUCCGCCAGAUAAAGGAUAGUUCGCUGAAGCGUGGCUACUUCCAGAAGAGCCUCGUGCUGCUGACGAGGCUCCCGUUCGUGAACCUUUUCUACGAGCUGUGCAGUGUGAUUGCCCCCGCCUACUUUAGCAACGGCGAGCCCACUCUCGAAGCCGUAUGUGAUAGCAUCUGCAAGUGGCCUUCGCUGCUGAGCGACGACCCGCUCGCUCUUCCCCUCCUCGGCAGCACCUACGAGGUGUCAAUUCCGAAGCAGAACGGUAAAAACAGUAUCCCUCCGGUCGUGCCGUUGGUGGACUGUCUUCCGCCAUCAAAGCCAGGGAACGCCCCGGCACGACGCAUCAUAUCUUCCGUGCACGAGAUCGACAUCUUUAAGAGUCUGCAGUUCUUCCUGCCCCACAUCCACCUGCUGUGGGAGCUGGUACUGACCGGGGAACCCAUCAUCGUGACCGGCACGUCACCGACCGACUGCGCCCACAUGGUCCAAUCGCUGACCAGCCUUAUCAGCCCGCUGGCGUACUGCGCCGAAAGCCGUCCUUACUUCACCAUCCACGAUACGGAGUUCAAAGAGUUCACGCAGAGCAAAAACGGCCACCCAUCGAUCAUCCUCGGCGUGACGAAUCCGUUCUUCGCCAAAACGCUCCAGCACUGGCCGCACACGAUACGGCUUCAGGAUAGCACCGAGGCGCAGCUGCUGGCGCGUCAAAAGCAACACCAUGCUGCAGGGGCGAUGGGAAGCGCGACUUCUCCCGCGACUUCCAUCGCAAGUGCCACCGGAAGUGCCACCUCGGAUGGGUCCGCGACGCUUUCUCGACUGUCCAAGAUUAAGCAAAUCACCCACAAGCUUCUCGACUCGUCGCCCGGUCUCUACACGCAGUACAAACCGUUCGUGCAGAAGGACAAGGCGUUCAUUAAGAAGAUACUGCUCGGGCUCAAAACCGACCGUCCGCUGUCCGUACAAUCCGCCCUGCUCCGGCGGCAUCUGCUCGAGCUGACGCAAAGCUUCAUGAUUCCGCUCGAGCGCUACAUGGCCUCGCUGAUGCCGCUGCAGAAGGACAUCUCACCGUUUCGCUCCGCCCCGCAGCCGAACCCAUUCCGACAGGAGGACUUCCUCGGAACGCUGGACGAGUGCGGACCGCAGCUCACUUCCACCUGCAAGGGUGACUGGGAGGGUCUGUACCGGCGGUUCUUCGCCUCGCCGAACUUCCGCGGCUGGUACGAGACGCGCUACUUCGAGCUGGAGCAAACGCUCCAGGUGCUGCACAUGCAGACGCUCUCCGAGUCCAAUCUGACCGAGUGGGCCAAGGGCAAGCUGGAGGUGGAGAUCGUCGACAUGAUACUGCGCCUCCGGCACAAGCUGACGCUGCUGCAAGGAGGCGGCAGCACCACCACCACUCUUCCCGUGCAGCUCAAUGCAAAGGAUACGCGCGACCAGCUGCUGCGGCACGUGGAAAACAUGAAAAAGAGUCUUCCGGACGAUUUGAAGCAGAUUUUGGGCGAUUCGUGAGAGGGCCUGCGGGAAAGGGUUGCCCACGUGCUCUCGACUCAAUAAAGCUAAAUAGUAUGCGCAUAAUCAUAUGUUGCUUUUUUAACCGAAUA